UUUGACAUGAGUGUCCGAAAGAUGUGUGGGAAUUUUUCAAAUUGGUACCGAGUGAAGUUUUAGAUAUAGUGAUUAUUAAUGCGAAUGUGACGAUAAGUGCGAAAGUGAUCAAUCGAGAUAAGCGAGACAGUCGGCAGCGAGUGAAAAAAUCUCUCUAAAAAAUAUCAAUCAGAAAUAGAAGGAUUCAGAAGUCAGUGUCAGACAUCGGAGCAUCGAAGUUACGCAAUAACGAGCGCGGUUGUAGUUUCAAAUGGGUUAUUACGAAACUUUUUGGACAGUUCGGGGUAUACGAUACUCUUCCAUGAAUGUUAAGAAUGGCAAGAAGUAAUUUGAUUAUGUUAAAUUGCAUUUUGCUCUUCGCGUUCAGUACAGUGCACGCCGAUAAAUUGACUGUACAUACGCGAAAUGGCACGUUGGAGGGCCUAAUGAUGCAAACUAGACGAGGAAGAGACAUCAUCGGAUUCCGAGGAAUUCCUUACGCCCUACCACCGCUCGGCGAACUCAGAUUUCAGCCACCAAAGCCCGCGGCCGCCUGGGACGGCGUACGGUCAGCUAAAGACGAUGCUGAGAUAUGUACACAGCUGGAUAUUUUCAUUCAGUCAGCAAUGAUCCAAGGCGUUGAAGAUUGCCUUUACCUGAAUGUCUAUACACCGAAAGUGCCAUCAGAUCAGGAAGCAGCAACGUUCCAACGAUUUCCAGUCAUGGUCUUUUUACACGGUGGUGCAUGGUUGAUCGGUUCCGGUCACUCUUCAUUUUACGGGCCGAAAUUUUUAUUGGACCAUGACGUCGUUUUGGUCACUGCGAAUUAUCGACUUGGACCGUUAGGUUUCUUGAGUACGGAGGAUAUGGAAUGUCCAGGUAAUGUAGGUCUGAAGGAUCAGGCGCAAGUCAUUCGAUGGGUGCACGAGAACAUUGUCGUUUUCGGCGGUGAUCCGAAUAAAGUGACCAUUUUCGGUGGAAGCGCGGGCAGUGCAAGUGUGCAAUAUCAUAUGAUAAGUCCUCUCUCACAAGGUCUUUACCAUCGCGCAAUUUCUCAGAGCGGCGCAGCUCAUUGCCCGUGGGCUUUAAUCAAGCCGGGAUUGGCAAAAAAAAACGCUAAAAUCGUGGGUAAACAUUUGAACUGCCCCACUGAAAAUUCCAAGGAACUAAUCGCUUGUCUGCGUACAAAAAGUGCCGUCGACAUUAUAAGUACCAGUCGUCUUUUCCAAAUCUUCGGUUACGAUCCGAUAUUCUUACCACCGGUGAUAGAACCCAAUCAUCCAGGUGCCUUUUUAACGGAGGAUCCUGUAAUCUCUACGAAACACGGUCGAAUCGCUGAUAUACCUUGGAUGAUGGGAGUCACAUCUGAAGAAGGAGCCCUAAGAAUACCAUCUCUUCACAAUUGGGACAAUGGUGAACAAGUGAAGAAAUUGAAUAAGGAAUACAAAAAGAUAAUGCCUAUCACUUUGAUGUACGAGAACACGUGUCCUAAAUCUAUGCAAAACGAUGUGUCCAGCAAGAUCCGGGAGUUUUACUUCGGUGAUCGUGCCAUUGACAUAUCCACCACAUCCCAAACCAUUGACAUGUACAGCGACGCAUUGUUAAUUCAUGGGAUUUACAAGGCUGCACGAGAUUAUCUUGAUAUUCAAUCUUCACCUAUCUAUUUUUAUUACCUCGCGUACAAAGGAAGCUCGUCUUUAAUCAAAAUGUUCGGUGGUACCAAGGAUUACGGAGUUUCACACGCAGACGAGCUGCUAUAUCUGUUCCCCGUGGGUGAAUUAUUAUUUCCUGACACACCGCUGUCCAAGGAAGAUAAUCGCAUGGUCGAUGUCAUGACUAGCUUCUGGUUCAAUUUUGCCAAUUCCAUGAUCCCGACACCGAAGAUUACGGAGGAAAUCCCCGUGAAGUGGAGUUCGGUGAAAACACCGUACAAUUUCGAAUAUUUGUACAUAGGAAAUUCAGAGAUAACCAUGAAAAAAGGCUUUCUCCCGGAGAGAAUGAAAUUUUGGGAUAGCUUGCCGAUGCGUCCGAAUCUCGAAAUGAAACAGAAAGCUAAGGAAGAGCUGUAA